CGACCGGAUAUCUAAUUUAAUACUUUACACCCAAAAUUUCAUAAAACACAAACAUGACCGUCACUUGAAGAAAGCUAAGGCAGAAACCUCUCCUUUUUGUUUCUCUCUGCAGCUCUCAGAUUCCUCGAGUAUCGACCAUGGCGUUUCCUUACAUGGAAGCUGUAGUUGGUUUUAUGAUUCUCGUGUAUUUCUUUGAGACCUAUUUGGAUUUGCGACAACGUGCUGCUUUGAAACUGCCAAUUCUCCCAAAAACUCUGGUAGGAGUAAUCAGCCAGGAGAAGUUUGAAAAAUCUCGAGCUUAUAGUCUUGAUAAAAGCCACUUCAAUUUUGUUCAUGAAUUUGUUACUAUACUUCUGGACUCUGCUAUUUUGUUCUAUGGGAUAUUGCCUUGGUUUUGGAAGAAAUCAGGAAGCUUUGUGGUUUUGGCUGGUUUCAAUGAGGAGAAUGAAAUACUCCACACCCUUGCUUUUUUGGCUGGUGUUAUGAUAUGGUCACAGAUUACAGAUUUGCCAUUCUCUCUCUAUUCAACUUUUGUGAUUGAGGCCCGCCAUGGCUUCAACAAGCAAACAAUAUGGCUGUUCUUUAGGGACUUAUUCAAAGGAAUUUGCCUUGCCAUUCUACUUGGCCCCCCAAUUGUUUCAGCAAUUAUUUUAAUAGUACAGAAAGGAGGUCCUUACCUGGCCAUUUAUCUAUGGGCAUUCAUGUUUGUUCUUUCUCUUGUCAUGAUGACACUCUACCCAGUUUUAAUUGCCCCACUCUUCAACAAGUUCACCCCUCUUCCAGAAGGAGAGCUCAGAGAGAAAAUUGAGAAACUUGCUUCCUCCCUCAAGUUUCCUUUAAAGAAGUUGUUCGUUGUAGAUGGAUCCACAAGGUCAAGCCAUAGCAAUGCCUAUAUGUAUGGAUUCUUUAAGAACAAGCGAAUUGUACUUUAUGACACAUUGAUUCAGCAGUGCAAAGACGAUGAGGAAAUUGUAGCUGUUAUUGCCCAUGAACUGGGACAUUGGAAACUCAAUCAUACAAUGUACUCGUUCAUUGCUGUGCAGAUUCUAACAUUUUUACAAUUUGGAGGAUACACUCUUGUGAGGAACUCAACUGAUCUCUUCCGAAGUUUUGGAUUUGAUACACAGCCAGUGCUCAUCGGUCUGAUCAUAUUUCAGCAUACUGUAAUACCUCUCCAACACCUUGUAAGCUUUGGCCUUAAUCUGGUGAGCCGAUCUUUUGAAUUUCAGGCGGAUGCUUUUGCUAAAAAGCUUGGUUAUGGCUCUGCUCUUCGGGGUGGUCUUGUGAAACUACAGGAAGAAAAUUUGUCAUCUAUGAAUACAGAUCCUUGGUACUCAGCAUAUCACUACUCUCAUCCUCCCCUUGUUGAAAGACUCGCAGCAAUUGAUGAAUCGGAUAAGAAGGCUGAUUAACAAGGGCAAUCUGUAGCCAUAUCCCGUCCUUCCCUUGUUGAAAGACUGGCAGCAAUUGAUGAAACAGAUAAGAAGGCGGACUAACAAGGGCAAUCUGUGGAUGGCUACCCCAGAAUUAAAUUUUUUUCAUUGCAACAAACAGGAUACUGGAACAGUCAAGUCAGCAGUUGUAAUAUUACCCUACAUGAGUUUUGUUGAAGCUUAACACUUGUUUUGUUCACGAACAACUUAUCAUGUCAGAACUCAAUUCCCAGGUCAGAGAAGAGGGGGAUAGAAGGAAAGGAACAGGUGAAAAUUAACAGGAAACUUUGGAAUUUUAGUUAUAUAUUUUGUUUGUAUGAGCUAAUGAUCACAGGACCUGUUGAUCA